CUUAAUUCUCAUAAAUAUAUUCACACAGGAGAGAAACGAUAUCAGUGUGAUAUCUGUGGAAUGUCAUUCUUUCACAAGAGUAACCUUACUUCUCAUAAAUAUACUCACACAGGAGAGAAACGAUAUCGCUGUGAUAUUUGUGGCGAAACAUUCUCACAAUCUUCUAUCAAACAUAUUCAUAAACUUAUUCAUACUGGGGAGAAGCCACACCGUUGUGAUAUCUGUGGUAAAUCAUUCUCCAUACGAAAUAGUUUAAAAACUCACAAACGUAUCCACACAGGAGAGAAGCCAUAUCACUGUGAUAUCUGUGAUAAAUCAUUUUCUGUAGGAAGUAGUUUAAAAACUCACAAACUUAUUCAUACAGGUGAGAAGCCACAUGGCUGUGAUAUCUGCGGUAAAUCAUUCUUUGUAAGAAGAAAUUUAACUGUUCACAGACUUAUUCACACAGGAGGAGAGAAGCCACAAAUGCGACAUUUCUGUGACAUAUGUGGAAAAUCAUUCACAGGAGGCAAUAAGUUAGCUGAUCACAAACACAGUCAUACAGGAGGGAAAUCAUAUCCCUGUGAGAUCUGCGGUCAAUCAUUCUCUGCAAAAUAUAUGUUAGCCAUACACAGACGCAUUCACACAGGAGAGAGGCCACAUUGCUGUGAUAUCUGUGGUAAAUCUUUCUCUCAUAAAAGUAACUUUAAUAGACACAAAUACAUUCAUACAGGAGAGAAACCAUAUCAGUGUGAUAUCUGUGGAGAGUCAUUCCCUCGGAAAAGCACCCUUAUUUAUCACAAAUAUAUUCAUACAGGAGAGAAACCAUAUCAGUGUGAUAUCUGUGGAGAGUCAUUCCCUCGCAAAAGCACCCUUAUUUAUCACAAAUACAUUCACACAGGAGAGAAACCAUAUCAAUGUGAUAUAUGUAGCAGAAAUUUCUCUCAAAAAGGUAAUCUUACUGCUCACAAACUUAUUCAUACAGGAGAGAAGCGAUAUCAAUGUGAUAUCUGUAAUAGAUCUUUCUCUCAAAAAAGUAAUCUUAAUUCUCAUAAAUAUAUUCACACAGGAGAGAAGCGAUAUCAGUGUGAUAUCUGUGGAAUGUCAUUCUUUCACAAGAGUAACCUUACUUCUCAUAAAUAUACUCACACAGGAGAGAAACGAUAUCGCUGUGAUAUUUGUGGCGAAACAUUCUCACAAUCUUAUCAAAAACUUAUUCAUAAACUUAUUCAUACUGGGGAGAAGCCACACCGUUGUGAUAUCUGUGGUAAAUCAUUCUCCAUACGAAAUAGUUUAACAACUCACAAACGUAUUCACACAGGAGAGAAGCCAUAUCACUGUGAUAUCUGUGAUAAAUCAUUUUCUGUAGGAAGUAGUUUAAAAACUCACAAACUUAUUCAUACAGGGGAGAAGCCACAUGGCUGUGAUAUCUGUGGUAAAUCAUUCUCUGUAAGAAGAAAUUUAACUGUUCACAGACUUAUUCACACAGGAGGAGAGAAACCACAAAUGCGACAUUUCUGUGACAUAUGUGGAAAAUCAUUCACAGGAAGCAAUAAGUUAACUGAUCACAAACACAGUCAUACAGGAGGGAAACCAUAUCCCUGUGAGAUCUGCGGUCAAUCAUUCUCUGCAAAAUAUAUGUUAGCCAUACACAGAUGCAUUCACACAGGAGAGAGGCCACAUUGCUGUGAUAUCUGUGGUAAAUCUUUCUCUCAGAUCGGUAAUUUGAAUAGACACAAAUAUAUUCAUACAGGAGAGAAACCAUAUCAGUGUGAUAUCUGUGGUAAAUCAUUCUCUCAGAAGAGGUACUUAAAUAAACACAAAUGCAUUCAUACAGGGGAUAAACCAUAGCACUGUAGUAUCUGCAGUAAAUCAUUCCGUUUAAGAAAAUAUUUAAUUAAUUACAAGUCUGCUCAUACUGGAGAGAAACUAUGUGACUGUGAUGUCUGCAGCAAAUCAUUCUUUCCGGAAUAUGCUGUAUAUACUUAUAAACGUAUUCAUACAGGAGAGAAACUCUAUUGCUGUGAUACCUGAGGUAAAUCAUUCUCUGUGGAACAAUAUUGAACUCAUCACAAAUACAUUCAUACAGGAG